CUCCGCCAGGCUCCUGCCCGAGCCGAGGGGCAGGCAGAGUCGCGCGGAGUCAUGCCCAGGUACACGGUGCACGUGCGCGGGGAAUGGCUGGCCGUGCCCUGCCGGGACGCGCAGCUCACCGUGGGCUGGCUGGGCCGCGAGGCCGUCAGGAGGUACAUCAAGAACAAGCCGGACAACGGUGGCUUCGCCUCGGUGGACGACGUGCGCUUCCUCGUGCGCCGGUGCAAGGGCCUGGGCCUCCUGGACAGCGAGGACCCGCUUCAGGUGGCCCUGGAGGACAACGAGUUCGUGGAAGUGGUUAUAGAAGGGGAUGCCAUGUCUCCAGACUUCAUUCCAUCACAACCAGAAGGAGUUUACCUAUACAGCAAAUACCGGGAGCCUGAAAAGUACAUCGCCUUAGAUGGGGACAGCCUGACCACAGAGGAUCUGGUCAACUUGGGAAAAGGACACUACAAAAUAAAGCUCACCCCAGUUGCUGAAAAGAAGGUGCAAAAAUCCAGAGAGGUCAUAGAUAGCAUCAUAAAAGAAAAAACUGUUGUUUACGGUAUCACUACAGGUUUUGGGAAAUUUGCCAGAACUAUAAUUCCUGUCAAUAAGCUAGAAGAGCUCCAGGUCAACCUAGUACGUUCACAUUCUUCAGGUGUUGGGAAACCACUGAUCCCUGAGAGAUGUCGGAUGCUCCUGGCUUUAAGGAUCAAUGUCUUAGCCAAAGGAUACAGUGGCAUUUCCCUGGAGACCCUCAAGCAAGUUAUCGAAGUAUUUAAUGCCUCCUGCUUGCCCUACGUUCCAGAGAAAGGAACCGUUGGUGCCAGUGGAGACCUUGCGCCACUCUCUCAUCUUGCUCUUGGGCUAAUUGGAGAAGGGAAGAUGUGGUCUCCAAAGAGUGGCUGGGCUGAUGCUAAAUACGUCUUGGAAGCUCAUGGUUUGAAACCAGUUGUUUUGAAACCAAAAGAGGGUCUGGCACUCAUCAACGGGACACAGAUGAUCACCUCCCUUGGCUGUGAAGCUGUGGAGAGAGCCAGUGCUAUUGCACGUCAGGCUGACAUCGUGGCAGCCCUGACCCUUGAGGUGCUGAAGGGCACCACCAAAGCCUUCGAUACUGACAUUCAUGCUGUUCGCCCUCAUCGUGGACAAAUUGAAGUUGCUUUUCGGUUUCGGUCACUCUUGGACUCGGAUCACCACCCUUCUGAAAUAGCAGAAAGUCACAGGUUCUGUGAUCGUGUUCAAGAUGCGUACACCUUGCGCUGCUGUCCACAGGUCCAUGGUGUGGUAAAUGACACAAUAGCGUUUGUGAAGAACAUCAUUACCACAGAACUUAACAGUGCAACAGAUAAUCCUAUGGUAUUUGCCAGUAGGGGCGAGACUAUUUCUGGAGGAAACUUCCAUGGUGAAUACCCAGCCAAAGCCCUGGACUAUUUGGCCAUUGGAGUUCAUGAGCUUGCUGCUAUUAGUGAAAGAAGAAUCGAAAGGCUCUGUAACCCCUCCCUCAGCGAGCUGCCUGCCUUCCUGGUUGCUGAGGGGGGUCUGAACUCGGGAUUCAUGAUUGCACAUUGUACGGCCGCAGCCCUCGUUUCUGAGAACAAGGCUCUGUGCCACCCCUCGUCGGUGGACUCUCUCUCCACCAGCGCUGCCACAGAGGACCAUGUCUCCAUGGGAGGAUGGGCAGCAAGGAAGGCACUUCGGGUCAUCGAGCACGUGGAGCAAGUGCUGGCCAUCGAACUUCUGGCAGCCUGCCAGGGCAUAGAGUUUCUACGCCCCCUGAGAACAACCACUCCUCUGGAAAAAGUAUAUGACCUGGUGCGCUCUGUUGUAAGGCCCUGGAUAAAAGAUCGCUUCAUGGCCCCAGACAUCGAGGCAGCACACAGGCUGCUCCUGGAACAGAAGGUUUGGGAAGUAGCUGCACCAUACAUAGAAAAAUACAGAAUGGAGCAUAUUCCAGAAUCCAGACCAGUUUCUCCAACAGCCUUUUCACUGGAAUUUCUACAUAAGAAAUUUGUGAAAAUCCCAGAGUCUGGGGAUCUUUAAUGGGCUUUGUCAUGGAUUAGCAGAUCAGAUGA